AUGGGAAUGAGAGAGGCUUUUUGUCCAGGAUCAGCUAACUUUACAAACAUGUCUGAAUCAAGUAAUUUUUGUAUAGGAGAUAUACUCCAUAAGGCUAUUCUUGAAGUGGAUGAGCGAGGUGCAGUGGCAGCUGCAGCCACUUCUGUAGAAGUUAUUAAUCUUUCUUUAUGUGAAUCUGAAGAACCUGAUGAGGAAUUCCGUGUUGAUCAUCCAUUCUUCAUUUCAAUUAUAUGGAACAAUACUGUGCCAGUAUUUCUUGGACAUGUAGUAGCUCCAACGGAAUAG